AAAACCCACGCAUGCACAGGGAGAACAUGCAAACUCCAUGCAGAAAGAUCCCAGGCUCAGGCCGGGAUUCAAACCGGGGAUCUUCUUGCUGCAAGGCGAAAGUGCUAACCACUACGUCACUGUAAACAACAACAGUGUACUGUAUAUUGUACAAUGGAAUUCAAUUACAAAAUACUAAUCUUCUUACAUCAAUAACAGAUGCAAAACAGAAUUAUAAAGAACACAUUAAACUCUAUUUCGGACAGUAUUCUAGUGUGUGUGUGGACAUUACAAAUGUAUUUGUCACAUGUGCAGUGCAAGUAUUUGUUUUCCAUUUUUACCUGCUGGAUGUCAGAAAAAAUGUGAUCUAUGACCUACUCAUGGCUUCAAUUUAUGUUUCACUUUGUCUAAUGUUGGAGUCGCUUCAGGAAAAGUCAUCGGAUUUCAAGGUAAAAAGAAGUCAUUUAGGGGUUUUUCUCUGCUAUUAAACAUAGUGGUGGGAUCAUUUCUGACCCUAAGACAACACAAGGUUUAAUCAUUUUAACACACAUGCAGCUAUUUGCUCCUGUUUUAUUCCUCAGAACAGCACAUUAGUUGAACCGACAAAUUCGGUUCACUCACAUUAGAGACAAUUUAGUAAACAACUUAUUAACCGGAGACCAGCACUUCAUUCGCUUAUGUUUCUCGUGAAUUUCUUGCUUAAUGAGGCUGAUAACAACAAAACAUGGCUGAUUUAUUUCCCUGCUUGCUUGAAUUUUCCCCUCCGCUGCAGCCUCCUCUCUGCUGUUUUGAUGCUUGAUCUGUUUUUAGCUCCAGGCUGUCUGUCUCUGUCUCUCUGUCUCUGUCUUUGUGUGUGGAGAAGCAUUAGACCCUGCUGUUUAGAUGAGAGCUGAUGAUUCAUGUGUUGCAUCCAGUCCAGCUCCUCCAGCCUCCACAGCUGACGGGACUCCGCCACUAGAGGGCGUCACUGCUCCUCCUGCUCAGCCCUCCUCAGCAUCCUUCAGGCAGCCGGGUACCAGUCCAGUGUGGGGUUGUUUGAACUGAUAUUACAAGAUAGAAAUAGUGAAUCAGAACGACAACAACAAAAUAUUGUUAUUCCUGUGUUGUUUUGUGUUGUAAAAAAUGUUUUAUUAGCUUAUUGUUUAAAUGUAUUCAGCAGAGGAGGCAGAUGUCUGAGGGAGAUAAGAGCUUUAACUUUUAAAUGCAGGAGUGAUUGUACAUAAGUGGGUCAAACAUGAAAAUAAAUGUGUUUUUAUGUAAUUUUUUCAUCAUUUUAGUAAAGAAUGCUAACUUCUGUUAUUGUUUAUAUUAUAUUUUUGUCCACACCAGAAUGAUUACAUGCUUGAAAUGUGUUUAUUUUUCACUUUAUAACAGAUUUGAUGAUUGAAAAAGAAGAAAAUUACACAGAACAGUAAUAGCAGAAUGUCAACGUCUGUUUUGUUGACAUUUUUCCACUCUUUUCCUCCAGCUGUUGCAGCUCUCCAUCCCUCUUGUAUGAUACUAUCAGUGAUAAAGAGCUUGGGAUAGUAAUACAAAUACUACAAUUUCUUAAAAUUAAAAAAGCUAACUUUAUAUUUUAAAAACAGUGAUAUCAAAAACAUGUUUUUUUUUAGGACUAGCUGGAAUAUGAAAUGAUAAAAUCUUUUCAUUUCAAAGAUAUUUCCAGAAAAGUACCUCAUUUUUGACCCACUGAUGCAUCUCAGGGUUAAAUAGUUAUUAAAGUUGUUUGAACAGUAUUUCUCAUCUUUGGUUUUUGUGAUAGUUUAUAAGUAACACUUCAUUUAUUCUGUGCUUCGCCUGUGUUUGAGGAAAAAAAGCCACUAAUGUGAAGGUUCAAAGUUAGAUUUUCAUCUUUUAAUAGGCUAAAGAAGGAGACAUAUUGUAUAUUUUACUGUGUGGGAUAAGGGUUUCCAGUAAGCUUAGUUCAUUUCACUUGGAAAGCUCUGGAGCGUCGUAUGGUGCUGUGCGCGCUAAGCCUCUUAGGAGGCACGACCACAGCAGAUGUAGGGAGAAUGCCAAUCAGGAGCUCCUGCUGAGCAGAGAAACGCGUCGGCUCAAUCUCUGCCACGGGUCACACAAAAACACAACAAAAUACAGUUUUAUCGCUUCAGGUUUGCAGUUUGACAGCAGGAAGAUGGAGCGCGCGGUGAGUUUCCAACCAAUCUGAACCGUCAGAAAACAAAACACCGAGUCCGCUCCUGAGCCAUGCUGCCUCAAGACGUCGGGAAGCAGAAGUCCCGCCGGGUGUCGGAGCCGGUGUGCGGAGGAGACUGUCCUCCGGUGCCUCCUCGGCGCUUGAAGAGCCGCGACUUUCCUCUGAGCGUGAAGCGCCGGCGGUCCGGCUCUGCACCUGAGCGAAAGGUGAACUGCGUCCUGGUUGGAGACGGAGCAGUGGGCAAGACCAGCCUCGUCGUCAGCUACACCACCAACGGAUACCCGACAGAAUACACUCCCACCGCGUUUGACAACUUUACCGUGAUGGUUGUGGUUGACGGAAAACCAGUGAGGCUGCAGCUCUGUGACAUGGCAGGACAGAAAUGGGGGCUGGUUGACGGAUCUAUUAAUGACGAGUUGGAGCGCUUUCGGCCGCUGUGCUACAAAAACGCUGAUGUCUUCCUGCUCUGCUACAGCGUGGUCCGGCCCUGCUCUUUCCGUAACCUGACCAAGAAGUGGGUCCCUGAGAUCCAUCAGCACUGUCCCGGUGCUCCCCUGGUCCUGGUUGGCACCCAGGUGGACCUGAGGGAGGACGUCCAGGUGCUGAUCCACCUGGCACAGAACCAGGAGCGGCCGGUGGGCACCGAGGAGGGCUGGCGUCUGGCCCAGGAGCUCGGGGCGGUGAGCUUUGCAGAGUGCUCGGCGCUGACCCAGAAGAACCUUAAGGACACUUUUGAUUCAGCCAUCCUGGCCAGCAUCCAGCAGACGGACAGUAACAGCGUCGAACAGCAGCAGAGGCUGACUCUGAGGAAGAAGACUCCCGAUAAGAUCAAGAGCCUGUCGGAGACCUGGUGGAAGAAGAUCAACUGUUUGAUGGGGGAGCAGAGCUGUGAAUUCAAAUGAAAAGCUGCUCACUUACAAACCUGGGUCAGAUUAUAUUUGAAAACACUUGGUAGAUUUGAUUUGUUUUGGCCAGAGGGUGACAGAUGGGUGAGGACUAUCACUGCAGGACGAAACAGCAAGUAGAAGAAAGAGUUUAGACACAGGUUUAUGACCCAAAGCGUGCUAGUUAAAAUCUCCAAACGUACACUACCGUUCAAAGGUUUGUGGUCACUUAGGAAUGUCGUUAUUUUUGAAAGAAAAGCAGUUUUUUUUCCAAAAAGAUAACAUUAAAUGAAUCAGAAAUACAGUCUAGACAUUGUUAAUGUGCUAAAUGACUAUUCUAGCUGCAAACGGCUGAUUUUUAUUGGAAUAUCUCCAUAGGGGUACAGAGGAACAUUUCCAGCAACCGUCACUGUAUUCUAAUGCUACAUUGUGUUAGCUAAUGGUGUUGAAAGGCUAAUUGAUGAUUAGAAAACCCUUGUGCAGUUAUGUUAACACAUGAAUAAAAGUGUGUUUUCAUGAUAUUGUCUGGGUGACCCCAAACUUUUGAACGGUAGUCUACAUGUAAAAUUCUUCCAUUACUCUUAGGGCCACUCCAACAACUGGACACAUGGACAUUAGCUAACAAACUGUUCUGCUUAGCCAAUGAAAGCUGAUCUAAAAAGGGUUCAGAGCCGCCCACUUGCUCGACACGUUUGAUUUCUAACAAUAAACUCAGCUCACAUUUGAAAGCAUUAGUAGGUAGGGAGGAUAUAACGGAAGAUGUUCUUGAACUGCAUUGUAUAGUAGAAAUGUAGUAUCCAGGGCGACACAUGCUAGAGAGUAAAAGUCACAAUAUCUGUACCUGUGCGGCAUUCAUUUUUGACCAUUCAUAGUGGUCUGCAACAGAGGAGGAUGCUGCACUAUUUGAUGUUGUAGCUGCUUUGAUCUGCAGGUUCUAGUAAAAGAUCAGUUCAGCUGAUGUAUUCAGUCCAUAUAAUACGGUCCUUGAAGUAGUGAAUGAAAUGUACUCAUUGCUUAUGAGUCCAGGGUUUCACAAAGAAUUAACUUUGAGCUGCUGAUUGCUCUUAUGUUUUACUACUGGAGUGUCAAGGUGAGAAUAAAACCUGGAUCUCAGGAUAAAAAAAGAUGUUUAAAACCACAGAAACUGUAAUGUGAGUCUCAGUGUUCAGUAGAAUUCGUCCUGCUGUUGUUAAUCGUCACCCAUCUGAGGCUCCCAGGAGGCUACAAAAACUUACUGAGUUUGUUUUCUACUUUUACACCCCAACAAUACGAGUACUUUGACUGCUAGCUUGUAGAUUAUUUAUUUAUUAUUUUAAUUGCCAUGACUGACCAUGAAUAAUGCUCAGAAGCCUUGAUUAAAGUUUAUUAUACAAGUGUAUAA